CUCUUUUGUCUUGAACUACUUUCCUGCAUGUUGUCAUGGUGGCACAUUGCCUCACCGCAAGUAACGUUAACGUGAGUUGUUGCGAGCCGUGUUACAUUUGAGAUAUCCAGAAGAGCGUUCCACUUAGUCAUAUUUGUUUUACCACAAGUCUGAAUGGGUAACAAAGAUAUCGACAAUAACUGGAAGACAUUUUAUAUUUGUUUUUAGAGAUAUCUGUAACUGAUUACUAUAUCUUUCAAUCAUUUAGAGGUAUAACUGUACGUUCAUUAUAUAGAUCAAAAAGAAAAUGUCAGACUCCCUAAAGACGGAAUACAACAGGUUUAACGGGCAGAAUGAUCCUUCCACAGGUUUACCGGCGGUAACCGUGUUAUGCCUUUUACUUUCCCCAGAUCGUCAAGUGUGAUCGUCUUGUCGUCACCCGUUGACAUGCAAACAUUCUCUAUUAAUCAUUGGCGUGACAUUGACUUUUAAUGUCCAUCACUAGUCUCCCAUACUGACCGAUCCACAUCAGUUAACAUACUAAAUGUAGUCUGCCAGAAACACCGCAGCUGCUGUUGCAAAGACGCCUUCCUGGCUAUUCUGACCGACAAUCCUCUGUGCAGCAAAUAUGAGCAAGAGGGUCAAAGUGCAAUGUUAAGUACUAUGCCCCAGUUGGAUGCAUAACACCUUUCAACAUGAUGGCUAAACCCAGAAUAUCUUCCAUUGAUGGGAAGUUAGCUGAAGAAUUUGCCGUUCCCUCCCAUGUCGGGGAGGUCAAAGAGAAGAUGGCUGUUUUCGCCAGUCAUCAUGCGGCAGCAGGUCGCAGGGUGGUUCUCAUCACAUCGGGGGGAACCAAAGUGCCCCUGGAGUCCCGCACAGUUCGUUUCCUCGAUAACUUCAGCAGCGGCAGACGAGGAGCCUCCUCAGCAGAGUAUUUCAUAGAGUCCGGCUACGCUGUCAUCUUCCUCCACAGGCAUCGCUCCCUUUACCCCUACACACGGAUGUUCUCAAACAUAAACAUGCUGGAUGCCCUGAAGUUCAGUGGGGGUGAAGGAGCGGACGGCAACUCCGACGUGGUGGUUGACCAGCAGGUGCUUCCCAACAUUGGCAAAGCACUGAAGCAAUAUCAGGAAAUGAAAGAAGGCGAACUCCUUCUGCCCAUCGAGUUCAGCACUCUGUCGGAGUAUCUGCAUCUACUCAAAGCAGCAGCGCAAGCACUCAGCACAAUAGGAUCCAAAGCCAUGUUUUACUUGGCUGCAGCGGUGUCUGAUUUCUAUAUCCCAGCAUCUGAGAUGCCUGAACACAAAAUCCAGUCUUCCAAUGGACCCCUUCAACUCAGCAUGAACAUGGUCCCUAAGAUACUGUCCCCGCUGGUGAAAGACUGGGCACCUCAAGCUUUUGUCAUAUCGUUUAAGCUGGAGACCGAUGCCACCAUCCUGCUGGACAGGGCUCGACGGGCUCUGGACACCUACAGGCAUCAGGCGGUAGUGGCCAACGUGCUGGACUCUAGACGGGGUUAUGUGGUGGUGGUGACCCCCGAAACUCAGGCUGAGCUGAUCAUCACAGAUGAGGAUGUGAAGAAUGACGUGGAGAUAGAGGAGAGGAUAGUGAGCAACCUGACCUCGGCACACAGCAAGUUCAUAACUCGAUAAGGAGGUUGACAGAAAUCAUCAACACUGCAUGUUUGUGCUCUUACCCGAUCCGGUGUUGGGCUUCAUUUCCUAAUUGCCUGUUAUGCUGUCUUACUGUAUAUGCUGUACAAUUGCAUAACUUAGAAUAAUAAUUGGAACUAUUAACAAAUUAUGGCUUCCCUUGUACUUUUAAUGUGCUCUAAAAACAGACCGCUUUAUGUUGUCUCUGAACAGAUACAAAAGACAAGUUUAUUCACAUUGUGCAAUGAUCUAGAACAGAAAACACAUUGAGGACUUUACAACAACAGUUAUUGACCGCUGAAUAAUUCAGUGACAUGCUUUUACUACAUCUAUAAGAAAGAUUACAUGUAGACAUGUUUAAAUCCUUUGAUUCUG